AUGAUAUGUCCUUGGGAGCUUGCUUCCCCAGCUUGCCACGCCUGGUGUUUGGAUUUCGACCGCUUGUGUUUGUGCUUCGCGCCAGGUGCUCAGACCCGAGCCUGGCACCAUGGAGAGGAGGAUCCAGCGGUGGUUGACUACAUCCAGAGUCAUUUCGAGGUGGUUGAAGAACAGGCCUUCGGCUGCUGGCGCUUGGGUGGUCGUUAUUGGGAGACGGAGCUGGAGGGCGAGGCCUAUGCCAGGUCCUUGAGAAUGGGCACCGAGUCGCAGGAGGAGACGUGCGAAGGUUGCUUGGAGGCGCAUCUGGAGGCCAUCCGCAGUCACUUGCGGCUGCUGCCGAAGCAUCUCGUUGGCGGCCUUUGUGCACCUCCUGGCUGUGAGCUGAAGGAGGUGCGACGCCGAGCCUUUCCCGCCUUCCUGGCGCACGCGCUGCGCUUCGACUUCCAGGUGCCGGUGCCGAAGCCGGAGGAGCUGCAGAUCAACGAGCUCUCGCAUUGGUCGCAGCUGAAGUUGGACUUCGUCAUCGCUGGCUUGGACUGCCAUUUGCUGAUGAAAGGUCUUGAUGACAUGGACAUCCUGGCCGAUCUGUAA